AUGGACUCCCUCACUCAUCGGCCAUGGGAGCAUCAAGCUCCUCAACCUCCGGGCCCCCAAACCCCCAGUUCCUCUCAGACUCUGCCUUCCAUAUCAACCUUGACCGCGAACAUGAAUGGGGCAUCGGGCCCUGGCCCUGUCCCCACAGAGAAAUCUCCUGGGAACUCUUCUCUCAACACUAUCGAACGGGAUUCGGGGAAUUGGUCCAUGCCACAAAGCACUAGAUCUUCUACCUACUCAACCGCGACCAAUGGCACUGCCAAUCAUCAUAACCAAGUCCAUAAUCAGAACAACAACUAUCCCUCGUUGAACUUCCUCACCUCCACCUCCCAGCCCUCUCCCAACCGGAAUCACGUCGUGCCAGACCGGUCGCCCUACGCUCACGACCAAUCGACCACUCCCUCCUCCGCCGGCGCAAAUCACCCCUCGCCCGGUUUCCACUCGUCGCAGCCCAAUUCCGCCCUACCUUCCAUCAAUCAGAACUAUGACGCUUCCUCACAGCGGGGGAGUGUGGUCGAUGUCUCCGAGUCGCGACGUAGCAGCGUCGAUAGUCGCAUGAAUCAAGGCAUCAGCUCCUUGGCUAUCAACCCGGCCUCCCCGUAUCACAGCACCAAUGCUUCGCAAUCCUCCAUCGUCUCGAGUCUCCAGCGCGAGCGCGGGAUCACCAAUGAUGCAAACUCCUAUCGAGGACCGCGAUAUUCGGGAGGGAGCCAGCCCUUGUCGCCCUUAGGACCUCGGCCCAGUGAACUUCGAAAUUUCGCAGCCGGUCGCACGGCACCGGCCAUUUCCUCGAAUCCUCGAUCCGAGAUUUAUAACGCCGAGGCGCCCACGGCUGGUAUGGCCUAUGCCUUCCCCGACCCGGACGUCGCGCGAUCAAGCUCCAUUUCCUCCAAUGAGAAGUCCAAUCCACCUUUCUCCAGGAAGGGCAGCACAGCAGAAUCACUCAGCAGCUUAUACUCAGAGUCGCGUAUGCCGCGAGGACAACAUGAACUGCCUCCAAAUGUACACCACCACUCUCUACAGCACAAGCAGGUCCGCGAUUUGAUAGGCGAGGCGGAUCCAUCCGGAAACACACCCUACAGUCGGACUCCCGAAUUACGCGUCACACAUAAACUCGCCGAGAGGAAGCGCCGGAGUGAGAUGAAAGACUGUUUCGAGGCCCUCCGCGUCCGCCUUCCUCAUGCCCAGAACAACAAGUCGAGCAAAUGGGAGACCUUAACUCGAGCGAUCGAGUAUAUCAGCUCGCUGGAGAAAUCGGUCGGUCAGAUGCGUCGUGAAACCUCCCUCCUCCGCAACGAGGUGGACGAGCUACGCGCCCAAUUGAACCAACAGCAAGGCAAUGGGCCUUCGCGAUCGGCUUCCAUCUAUGAGCACCCAAUGGUAGCGACACCUACGAAUGGGCAGCCUCCGCCAGGUUCAGCUUUUGCCCAAUUCGGGAACGGAGUACACCAGAUGGAGCAGCAGCAGCAGCAACAGCAGCAGCAGCAACAGCACCAGCCGCGCACACUACCUCCCCUGAUGAAUGGCUCCGUUGCCCCGAUGCAGGGAAUCCAGUAUACCGAUGAGCGACGGUGA